CGACUAAAGAGAAUAGAAAAGAAAUUAUGCUUUCCAAAUUGGAAAAUAAACUUCAAUUUUUGAAUUCAAAAUCUAGUGUUUGGUCCGUCAUUGAAGAUAUUUCCAACAAUAAAAAUCAAGAUGAGGCUUUUUAUGUGUGCGAUGUUGGAAAUAUAAUCGAAAAAUAUUUCAAUUGGAAAAAAUUUAUGCCAAGGGUGGAAACCUAUUAUGCUGUAAAAUGCAACGACCAUCCAUUAGUUCUUGAAACUUUGGCUUCGUUGGGUAUCGGAUUCGACUGCGCUUCCCAAGACGAAAUUUCAAAAAUUUUAAAUUUAAAUGUGGAACCCAGCAGAAUUAUAUAUGCCAAUCCGACCAAACCAGAGACUCACAUAAAAUAUGCGGAAGAUGUUAAUGUACUGAGAAUGACUUUCGAUAAUGCGUGGGAAUUGGAAAAAAUUAAAAAUAGCCAUCCCAAAGCUGAGUUAAUACUAAGAAUAAAGUAUGAUGACGAAAAGGCACGUUACAAAUACGGAUGCAAAUUUGGUUGUAAUCAUAUUACCCAAGCACCAGAACUGUUGGCUAGAGCCAAGCAAUUAGAAAUCAAAGUAGUUGGGGUGAGUUUUCACAUUGGGUCAGUAAUUAAGACUCCAGAAGUUUACAGUGCAGCUAUUGAAGCAGCUAGGUAUGUUUUUGACGUGGCUACCAACCUGGGAUUUGAAUUUAAUAUUUUGGACAUUGGAGGCGGUUUUCCAGGAGCCCAUGGCACAUCUAUAGAAGAGGUAUCAAAAAUUAUAAAUGAAGGCAUAAACCUCCACUUUUCCGACCCUUCGAUUGCAAUAGUCGCUGAACCAGGAACGUACUACGUGGAAUCUGCAUUUACCAUAGCCACCAGAAUACAUUCUAUUACCGUAACUGAACCAGAUCCUACAGGCUUGUAUACGUAUAUGUAUUACGUAUAUGCAGGCACCUAUACCACAUUUUUGGGCCUUUUCUUCGGUGAGCAUUAUGUACCUCAAGCCUUGAAUAAAAAUAUAUAUGAGAAAAAAUAUCCCACUAUUAUAUGGGGGCCCACUUGCGAUUCGUCAGACAAAAUCUGUGAAAAUGUCAAUAUGCCAAGAAUGAAUAUUGGAGACUGGAUUGUCUUUGAGAAUGUCGGAGCCUAUACAUUGACCUUGGCCACCAAUUUUAAUGGUAUUCCCACUCCAAAGGUUUAUGGAGUAGUUUGUGAACAAAUGUGGAACGAAUUAAAAGAUAUAAUGAGGGUUCCACAAAAAUUUCAUUUGCAAAUGAAGGAAAAUGUUAGUCAAUUUUUAGAGAAAAUUGUAGAUAUGCAGCAAUAAUUUUUCAUCUUUUAAUUAUUAAAAAAU